AUGAGGCACAACAUAGCCAUAUACAUGGGAACGUUCACAGCGUUGGUUCUGGCGGGCUUCCUUGCGCUCGCCACCGCAGAUAGCUAUCACCCUGACGAGCCAGGGUCAGUGCGAGGUACGGUACGAAGUGACGAGCUCUCUGCAUCCUUUUGGCAGGCGCAGGCGCAGGCGACCGUAAAGCGUCGCGCUGGAACCAAGACAGGUCCCGCCGCGCGUAAUGUCAUCUUAUUCCUGGGCGACGGCAUGUCCGUGCCUACGCUUGCUGCCGCGCGAACGCUGCUGGGGCAACGUCGCGGGUAUACUGGAGAGGAAGCAGAGCUCUCCUUCGAAUCCUUCCCGACUUCUGGUUUGAGUAAGACGUACUGUGUAAAUGCUCAAGUCGCAGACUCUGCGUGCUCGGCGACGGCAUACUUAUGCGGUGUGAAAGCAAACCAAGGAACCCUGGGCGUGUCGGCUUCUGUACCGCGUUCGGAUUGCGGUGCGUCUCUAGAGCCUACUGCCCGACUACAGUCUAUCGCCGCGUGGGCGUUGGCGGAUGGCCGCGAUGCAGGCCUCGUAACCACCACUCGGGUGACGCAUGCGUCGCCAGCCGCUACCUUCGCACGAGCCGCCAACCGCAACUGGGAAAAUGAUGCCAGUGUGCGUGCUGACGGGGCCGACCCGCAGCAAUGUCCCGAUAUUGCAACGCAACUUAUCACUGAAAAUCCUGGUCGCCAGUUUAAGGUAAUACUAGGAGGAGGACGACGCGAAUUUUUACCAAGGCAUGUUGUGGAUGAAGAGGGAUCGAAUGGAACUAGGACCGACGGACGCAACUUAAUAGACGAAUGGCGGUCUGACAAGAUUGAACGUAAUGUUACACAUAGCUACGUUUGGAAUCGAGAGCAACUGUUAAGCGCCAAUGCAACAAUGCCGGAAUAUCUGAUAGGUUUAUUCGAGAGCAGCCACUUGCGCUACAACAUGCUCACCAAUCCGACUACCGAGCCUUCUCUGGCUGAACUGACCGAAGUUGCUAUACGAAUGCUACAGAGAAACGAUAAGGGUUUCUUUCUGUUUGUCGAAGGUGGACGCAUAGACCACGCCCAUCACAGCAACUACGCGGAACUGGCACUGGAUGAGACGAUCGAACUCAGUGCAGCGGUGUCGCGUGCGGCUGAGUUAUUGGAUGAAAGAGACUCGUUGCUCGUGGUAACGGCGGACCACGCUCACGUCAUGUCCUACAAUGGUUACGCAGCACGUGGAAGCAACAUACUGGGCACGGCAAGAGCCGCUGACCGAGACGGCGUGCCGUACAUGACACUCUCCUAUACCAAUGGACCUGGAUUUCGAGCUCACGUUGAAGGAAAACGUGUAGACAUCACAACGGAGGGAAAAUACGGAUCCAUGCAGUGGAGGUCUCACGUGGACGUCCCGCUGUCGUCAGAAACGCACGGCGGCGAUGACGUUGCAGUUUUCGCGAGGGGACCGCAGCACGCUUUGUUCUCGGGCCUCUACGAACAAAAUGCCAUUCCGCACCUCAUGGCCUACGCGGCUUGCAUCGGUCCAGGCGAACAUGUCUGCAAUAAUGCUAAUAUUGUAAUACCUCUAAGUUCUCUACUAUCUUCUCUGAUACUGAUAAUAUUUUGUAGAUAGAUUAUAAAAAAAUGGUAAAAGGAAAACUAUCCUCACGACAACUUGUCAUUUUAAUGUAAUCUAUUAUUUAUAUCAAAAAAAAUAGUUUGUCAUUAACACAAAAGUCAUAUUAACGUUUUCGAAAAUUAAGUAAUAAUACAUUGAUAAAAUUAUAUAGACGAUAACAAGAGCGAGUUACGAGUCUCACCUAGAUUUAUAAUAAAUUGAUAUAAUUUAACAGAUGAAAUUAAAUAUAUAAUAAAUAAUGAUGAUAAUUAUUAUUGUGUAUUCAUGUAACAUUUUUUUUUGUAAAUUGUCAUUCUUACGCUGAUGUAUGUUAAGAAUUGGGGACAGUUAAAGAGAAACAUACUUUCCUCUCUAAUUAUGAGAAAUAAAUGAUAUGCUUAUGAAUGCCACAGACC